GUUGACUUGGUUACGUUCUGUUUGGUUUCUUCAAUCUGAACACAGACUUUCAUUCUCUUGACUCACGGAGUGCGCCUUGAUAGAUUCUCUCAAACCAAACAUUCACCACAUGGGUCACAAUCACAAAGCAAACCACUCUCACACUCUCUCGUGUGCUCAGCUCACCUCUGUUUCUCUCUCUCGUGUGCUCAGCUAACCUCAGAUUUGCAAACUUGGUCAUAGAAAAAGAAAAAUCCCAUAAAGGGUAUUGUAGAGGUGCUGUUUUUGCUAUGCUUGGGGGUUUCAGGUGAAGGGUUGGGUUCAGAUUUCUCCUUCUUCUUGGCAUGGAAUUGAGGAAGGAAAAGCUUGUCAGGGAACAGAGGACGAAUUCCAUCUGAUUGGAGCCUGCGGCCUACCACAGCUAAUUUUUAUGAUUUGAUCAGGCCUUGCCUUACUGGAAACCUUAACAGCGUAGCACAGGAAUUCCAAUUUGUUAUAUGUUUCACUUUGUUUUUUUCAUUUGUUUACAAAGCGUCCUUUGUUUACAUCAAUUUUGUUGAAACUUUUCAUCACAUUUCUUCAGCACGUAGGAACUAUAAUUAACUUUGAAGACUACCUUACUCCUGGAAAUAUUUUCUAUUAACUCAAUCUGAGCAUUAACAUUCUCUAAUACUCUGCUCACCUUAAUGUGGUUUAGGUUUUAUUCAGAUGAAAAACGGCAUGAAAAACGGCAUAAAGAAUCUUUAUGGGGAAGAAGAACUGAACCAUCUCAGCUUGAAAAGUCAUCAUCUCAAUAUAAAGUUUCAUCAUCUUCAUUGCUUAAAUCUGAUACUGGCCUAAUUGGGGGCAGAAAUAGAUUUGUUGAAACUUUCAGCAUUGGGCAUUCAAAGGUGUUUCCCGAAGACCAUGAGCCUUGGCGCAAGAGGAUACUUGACCCGGGUAGCGAGAUCGUGUUGCAAUGGAAUCGGGUUUUCAUUAUGUCGUGCUUGGUGGCACUUUUUGUUGAUCCAUUAUAUUUUUACUUGCCAAUGCUUGGAAGGCAUACAAACGCGUUUUGUGUGAAGACAGAUUUGAGGUUGCGAAUUGUUGUCACUUGUUUCCGGACCAUUGCAGAUAUCUUUUACUUGUUGCACGUGAUCAUAAAGUUUAGGACAGCUUAUGUUGCGCCAAGUUCUCGCGUCUUCGGGAGGGGUGAACUUGUCAUGGAUCCAAAGAAGAUUGCUCAGAGGUAUAUUAGAUCUGACUUCUUCAUUGAUCUCAUAGCCACAUUGCCCCUUCCUCAGAUAGUCAUCUGGUUUAUUAUACCAGCAACUAGAAGGACCCAAACAGAUCAUAACAACAAUGCACUUGCCCUAAUUGUUCUGCUCCAAUAUGUCCCUAGAUUAUAUCUUAUUUUUCCGUUAAGUUUGCAAAUAAUCAAAGCAACUGGAGUGGUCACAAAGACUGCCUGGGCAGGGGCUGCAUAUAAUCUGCUCUUGUACAUGCUGGCCAGCCAUGUAUUAGGAGCAGCAUGGUAUUUGCUAUCAAUUGACAGAUAUACCUCAUGCUGGAAGUCAUUUUGUAAAAAGGAAGUAAGCUCCACAAAAUGCUCGCUUUCUUAUCUCGAUUGUGACAAUUUUAACAGCAAAGGUUACCAGACAUGGGCUAAUAUUACAGAAGUGUUUGAGAAUUGUAAUCCUGCAAAUAACACCUUCAAAUAUGGCAUAUUUGAAAGUGCAGUGGCAAAAAAUGCUGUUUCCGCAAACUUCAUCACAAAGUACUUCUAUUGUUUAUGGUGGGGCUUACAGCAACUAAGUUCAUAUGGGCAGAAUUUGUCAACAAGCACUUUUAUUGGAGAGACAUCAUUUGCCAUUCUCAUUGCCAUUGUAGGUCUUGUAUUAUUUGCCCACUUAAUAGGGAAUAUGCAGACCUAUCUCCAAUCUAUCACUGUGAGGCUUGAGGAGUGGAGGCUUAAGAGAAGAGACACUGAGGAAUGGAUGAAGCAUCGUCAACUCCCUGAAGAUUUGAGACGGCGUGUUCGACGCUUUGUUCAAUACAAGUGGCUGGCAACUCGAGGAGUUGAUGAAGAAGCCAUUCUUCAUGGCUUACCUGCUGAUCUCCGUCGUGAUAUUCAACGCCACCUGUGCUUAGAUCUUGUUCGAAGAGUCCCUUUCUUCUCACAGAUGGAUGAUCAGCUUCUUGAUGCGAUAUGUGAGCGUCUAGUGUCGUCCCUAAGCACGGCGGGCACUUACAUAGUCCGAGAGGGUGAUCCUGUGACAGAAAUGCUCUUCAUUAUUAGAGGUGCUCUGGAUAGUUCUACUACCAAUGGUGGCCGGACGGGUUUCUUCAACUCAAUAACUUUAAGACCUGGGGAUUUUUGUGGUGAGGAGCUGCUUGCAUGGGCUUUGCUCCCAAAAUCCACUGUUAAUUUGCCUUCUUCAACACGAACAGUUAAAGCACAUACUGAAGUUGAAGCUUUUGCAUUGCGGGCUGAAGAUCUCAAAUUUGUGGCCAACCAAUUCAGACGCCUGCACAGCAAGAAGCUGCAGCACACCUUUCGGUUUUACUCUCACCAUUGGAGAACAUGGGCAGCCUGCUUCAUACAGGCUGCUUGGCGACGCCACAAGAGGAGGAUGACAGCAAAAGAUCUGAGCUCGAGGGAAUCCUUUGCUUUGGAUGAGAAAGUAGCCUAUGAGACUGGGGAAGGGGAAGAAGAACAUCUUUCUGUUGGUUCAAAUCCUUCCCAGGCAAAAAUGAAUCUCGGGGUCACGUUACUGGCUUCAAGGUUUGCUGCAAACACUAGAAGGGGAGCUCAAAAGAUCAAAGACGAGAUGCCAAAACUACGAAAACCUGAUGAACCUGACUUUUCCACUGAGCAUGAAUAUGAGUAGUAGCCUAAAUUAGGGUAUGGGUGUAAAGAUAGCUAUAGCUUUUCCUGACAAGGGUGACACUCAUUCAUUUACAACAGAAUCCUUUCAGAUGGGGGACUGGGUAUUUCGUGUUCCACACGGAUUCCGGCUGAUUGCAAUGCUUGAUAUCAUUCUCAUCCUAUUUAUAUCCUCAGAAUCGAUGUUGUGGGAAGAGAUUGUCUUUGGAGCUUGGGAUGUUGGAGAAGUUGGAUUUUACUGGAACAUGUAUAAGAUUGUAUGCUACUCAUGUGCCAAUUAGUUGUUAGCUUAUUCAGAGCAAGGCUUGUCCAAAUCAAUGAGCCAAACUAAAAAGGGUUGUCUUAUCCAAUUCCAAAUAGAAGACUUCAUGGCAGGGAAAUUCUGAAAA